GUGCCGGUUCUGUGACAGUAGGCAAUUCACUUGGCGACAUGCCAGGAACAGUAUUAUUAAAACGACAGAGCAGCUAAAAGUUGUUAAUUCUUAGUUUCUUGUUUAAAUGUGUCUUUGAGUAUAGUUUCAAAAAUUACGUAUGUUAUACUUGAAAAGGAAUAAAUUCUCUACCAGAAAAUUAAGACAUCUUUGAGCUAUACGCAAUGGAGGUGGCCGUAUCUCUGUUGAUACUCAUUAGCACGUAUUUGAUUGCUGUCAUUAUCCGUUGGGCAGUGAAUCGUCACAGAAGGCUUCAGGUUUUCAAGAAGUAUGGUAUUCCGGGACCCAGACCCUCUUUUUUAAGCGGUAAUAUGUCCCAGUUGAAGGCGUCAUCCACUCCGAAUGAAGUGAUUACUGCUUGGAUUAAGGAGUAUGGAAAUGUAUUUGGAUACUUCGUGGGUGAGAUACCAUAUGUUAUCAUUAAUGAUUUGGAUAUGCUGAAACAGGUAAUGAUCAAAGAUUUUCCCAUUUUUACCAACCGAGCAGACAUGCAUUUGGAUGUGCAUCCUCUCAACAAAACUGUUUUGGCUUUGAAUGACAAAAGAUGGAAAGAAGUUAGGUCAGUUUUAACUCCAACAUUCAGUUCAGGAAAGAUCAAACUUAUGACUUACAUAGUGGACAAAAAAGUUGACGUGAUGCUAGAUGUAAUCACAAAGAAGGCUGAGAAGGGAGAAAUGUUUGACAUCUAUGAGAAUGUCCAAGCAUUAACUCUUGACGUCAUCGCUGAUUGCGCUCUCGCAAUGAAGACGCAUUGCCAAGAGAACACGAAAGAUAUUUUCUUGAUUGCAGUUCGCGACUUCUUCCGUUUCUCCCAUAAUCGAGCUGUGGACUGCGCUAUCAUGUUUCCCUUCGUAGCAACUAUCAUGGCUUUUAUUACUAAUUACAUGACUUCAGGCCAGAUGACUUCAUUGAUUGUGAGCAACGUCGAGAAAGCUAUUGCAGCUAGACGAAAAAAUCCUGAAAUAAAAAGUGUGGAUUUUCUCCAGCUCUUGGUGGACCAUGGAAAAAAUGAUUCUCGUGAAGCCAGUACAAAAUUGACGGAUGAUGAAAUUAUCGCAAAUGCUUAUGUGUUCGUACUAGCUGGGUACGAAACUACAGCCACGGCUUUAGCUUUCACUUUCUAUCUCUUAGUAAAGCAUCCUGAAAUCCAAGAGAAACUAUACCAAGAAGUUGUGGAAGUCGAUGAGGCAAACUACGCUAACAUUCAGGGCCUCCAGUAUUUAGAUCAAGUAUUCGGCGAGUCCAUGCGAAUGUAUCCUCCAGUCACAGGAUUUGUGGCCAGAAAGUGUGCAGAAGACCAUCAGAUUGGAUCUUACACCAUACCAAAAGGAGCAAUUGUCCAAGCACCAGUAUGGGACAUCCACCAUAAUCCUGAUUUUUGGCCCGAUCCAUGGAAAUUUGAUCCUGAACGCUUUUCCACGGAAAACAAAAUUUCAAUUAAAAAUAUGUCAUACAUACCUUUUGGAGUGGGCCCCAGAAACUGCAUAGGGGCUCGUUUUGCACAACUGGAAGCUAAACUUACUCUUUUUAAACUUCUAAAGAAAUUCCGAUUUGAAGCAUGUGAAAAAACAGAUGACCCUUUACCAUUAAUAUGCCCUACUGUCAUAAUCAAUCCAGCAAAUGGAGUUUAUGUAAAGGCUGUCUUGAGAAAUGCUAAAUAAGUUUAUUUCCACAUUUUUCUUGGUUUUAUUAUUGAACAAUAGAAUCUUGUUUUUCCAAAUUAAUCAAGGCCAAGUCCUUUCGGAUAAUAUAUGAGUUUAUUUUCAACAAUCAGAGAAUUAAAUAUUUAUAAAACAUU